CAUUCAAGUCCAAUUUUAGACAAGCCUCGAGAGCACUUGACGGAGUUAUUCUUCUCACGCCCUGAGUCACUACUUUUCCAUUCUCCCAAGACAGACCCCAGAGUCCCUCGCCUAGGCGAGCUUUAAGUCUCAGGGAAUUGAUUUCAAACUCUUUCAAUUGUUGAGUCACUCGCUGCUCAUUUACACACUUAGACUACACACUUACACCCAACGGAGUGUGAGACCCACCCACCACAUACCAUCACCCUCAGAGACUCGCCACAAAGACUCAAGCACACAACCACAGCCAUUGAAGCAAGCCACCAUGUCGUCACCUCCAAACGGGAACGACACAAGCAGCAAUGGCUGGACCCCAGGCUCGUGGCGGUCAAAGCCCAUCAAGCAGUGCCCCGAGUACCCAGACCCAAAGCCGCUGGAGAAGGCCACGGCCGAGCUGAACCGCAUGCCACCGCUGGUGACGCCCAAGGAGAUCCUCACCCUCAAGGCCCACCUGGCGGAUGUGGCCCGCGGCGAGGCCUUCCUGCUGCAGGGCGGCGACUGCGCGGAGCUGUUCGACUACUGCAACCAGUCUGCCAUCGAGUCCAAGAUCAAGCUGCUGCUGCAGAUGAGCCUGGUGCUGAUCUGGGGCGCCAACAAGCGCGUCGUGCGCAUCGGCCGCAUGGCCGGCCAGUACGCGAAGCCGCGGUCCAACCCCACCGAGAACGUCGGCGGCCGCGAGGUCCCCUGCUUCCGCGGCGACAUCCUCAACGGCUUCGACCUGGACGAGCGCGACCUGGACCCGGGCCGCCUGGUCAGGGCCUACCACCACUCCGCCGCCACCCUCAACUACGUGCGCGCCGCCCUCGCCGCCGGCAUAGCAGACCUGCACCGCCCGCUCGACUGGGAGCUGGGCCACGUGCGCGAGCCCGAGCUCAAGGCCAAGUACAGCCGCGCCGUCAACUUCCUGACCAACAUGAUGAGCUUCAUGGAGACCGUCGGCGCCUCCGGGUCCAGCUCAAACCUCGACACCGUCGACCUCUUCACCAGCCAUGAGGGCCUGGUCCUCGAGUACGAGCAGCCGCUGACGAGGGCCUUCUCGGACGCCGCCAUCCACGGCACCCGCAAGGCCGCACGCACGGCAACGGGCACAAACGGCGAGCAGCAGCAGGCAGAGACCCAGUACUUCGACACGUCAGCCCACUUCCUCUGGAUCGGCGACCGCACACGGCAGAUCGACGGCGGCCACGUCGAGUUCUUCCGGGGCAUCGCGAACCCGAUCGGCGUAAAGGUAGGGCCCUCGACGCCCGUGUCGGACCUCCUCGAGCUCCUGCGCGCGCUCAACCCGUCCCGCGAGCCGGGCAAGGUGACGCUGAUCACGCGGUACGGCGCCUCGAGGGUGCGGUCCCUGCUGCCCUCGCACAUCCGCGCGGUCGAGGACUCCGAGUACCGGCGGUGCGUGGUGUGGCAGUGCGACCCGAUGCACGGCAACACGCGGUCGACGGCCAACGGCGUCAAGACGCGCCGCUUCGGCGACAUCUUCAGCGAGCUGCAGGAGACGCUGGCCAUCCACAAGGAGGAGGGCAGCUACCUGGGCGGCGUCCACCUCGAGCUCACCGGCGACGCCGUCACCGAGUGCGUGGGCGGAAGCGUCGGGCUCGACGAGGACGACCUCGCCGCCAACUACACCAGCUUCUGCGACCCCAGGCUCAACGAGAAGCAGGCCCUGGAGCUGACCUUCCUGAUCGCCGACCACUUCCGGAAUGAGAGGCAGGUUGCUUGAGUGAGAUCCGGCUGCCUCUUGCGGGGGCUCUAGGAUGAACAUGGGGGAAAGUCGAUACAUAUUGGACAGCAAGGGACAGGCAAGGCGCUUCGGUCGUUGGGAUUUGGCAUUGGGAAAAAAAGUUACGCUGGGAAAAAGGGAAGAAGAAACUCGGACAUGAUCAGGGUUGAGGGUUUUAUGAGACAAGAAUUCAAAUCAUCUAUUGC